AUGACUAGACCUUCCAAUAUCGGUAUCAAAGGUAUCGAAAUCUAUAUACCAUCUCAAGCUGUUAAUCAAACUGAUUUAGAAACUUUUGAUAAUAUCCCUGCUGGCAAAUAUACCAUUGGUUUGGGUCAAACCAAUAUGUCCUUUGUUAAUGAUAGAGAAGAUAUUUAUUCUUUAAGUUUAACUGUUUUAUCUAAAUUAAUUAACCAUUAUCAAAUCGAUACUAAUAAUAUCGGUAGAUUAGAAGUUGGUACGGAAACUUUAUUAGAUAAAUCAAAAUCAGUUAAAUCAGUUUUAAUGCAAUUAUUCCCCGGUAAUAGUGAUAUUGAAGGUAUUGAUACUAUUAAUGCUUGUUAUGGUGGUACUUCUGCUAUUUUAAAUUCCAUAAAUUGGUUAGAAUCUUCAAGUUGGGAUGGUAGAGAUGCUAUUGUUGUAGCAGGUGAUAUUGCUAUUUAUGAUAAAGGUGCUGCAAGACCAACUGGUGGUGCUGGUGCGGUGGCAUUUUUAAUUGGUCCUGAUGCUCCUAUUGUAUUUGAAUCAACUAGAGGUUCAUUUAUGGAACAUGCUUAUGAUUUUUAUAAACCAAAUUUCACAUCUGAAUAUCCUGUAGUUGAUGGUCAUUUUUCAUUAUCAUGUUAUGUUAGAGCAGUUGAUCAAUGUUAUAAAGCUUAUUCUAAAAAAAUUACUAAAAAUGAUUCAAAAACUGUUGGUUUAUUUAAUCAUUUUGAUUAUAAUGCUUUUCAUGUUCCAACUUGUAAAUUAGUUACAAAAUCUUAUGCAAGAUUAUUAUAUAAUGAUUUUAAAUCAAAUCCAACUAAUUUUAAAGAUUUAAUUGAUGAAGAAUCAAUUAAACAUUUAAAUUCAUUAUCUUAUGAUCAAUCAUUAAGUGAUAAAUCUUUAGAAAAAAUCUUUUUAAAUUUAUCAAAAUCAGAAUUUCAAUCAAGAGUUGCACCUGCUAUAAAAGUCCCAACUAAUACUGGUAAUAUGUAUACUGCAUCCGCAUGGGCUUCAUUAUCUUCAUUAUUAUAUUAUGUUGGUUCAGAAUCUUUACAAAAUAAAAGAAUUGGAAUCUUCUCUUAUGGUUCAGGUUUAGCUUCAACUUUAUUAUCAGUAAAAGUUAUUGAUGAUAUUAGUCAUAUAACUGAAAAUUUAAAUUUAGAUUAUAAAUUAGGUAAAGGUAGAUUAAUUAAAUCUCCUCAACAAUAUGUUGAAGCUAUUGAAUUAAGAGAAAAUCUUCAUUUAAAGAAAGAUAUUAAACCAACUGGAUCUAUUGAAACUUUAGUCCCUGGUACUUAUUAUUUAGUUGAAGUCGAUGAUAAAUAUAGAAGAUCAUACGCCAUCAAAGAAUAG